CGGAAGUACACAAAUAUUGUUCCACCCGAGAUUCCGUAGAGCAAACCUGCUACUCUCUUCUGGGACAAUUAUUUUCUUGCUUCUGUCACUCUAUAACUUAAGUCGGACAACUAUUACAAGAUGACUUACAGCCUUCGCACAUGACCAACACACUAUCCCACAUUCAGCAGGUCACAUUUGAGGUUCCACACAGGGCGACCCAUGCUUUCUGAUGAGCUUGACGCCAAACCAGAGCUGCUGGUGCAGUUUGUACAGAACGCGUCCAUCCCUCUUGUGCAGGGUCUGGAGGACUCAGAGUCCAAACACUGUUGCCUGCCUCUGCUGGCCCCGGCUGAGAGCACACUGUGCAGCCCGCUCGAGCUCACAGGUCAGCAGCUAAAUACCAUCAGUGGUGUUCAGAAUGGAGGCCUUAGCCAUGAUCCUCAGAGUUCACCCUCACUGUCAGAGUUUGGAGGCGUGUCGGAGCGAGGCCCAUUGGUGGUGCAGACACACUCUCAUCCACAGGCCUCACCCAGUCCCCCACCCAUCCUCCACGACCUGCAGCAGUCGGACAGCCCUUCAUAUGUCCUGCUCAACCUUGCCAAAGGCAUCACAGCUUCCUCUGAGUCGCUGAUCUUCGCCGCAGAUGGCCCCGGUGAGGAUGAUGAUGAGGUGGUCUCAUCAGGGGACUAUGGGAUGGAUGUCAGCGCUCCCUGGUAUCUGCGAGUACAGGAGCUGGCACAUGACAGCCUGAUUGCCGCCACACGGGCGCAGCUUGCGAGAGAUGCCAAGGCCAGCCAGGACGCCAGAGCAGCAAGUGUCAGUAAUGGUGACCACACGCACAGUUUGAUAGCAGAGGGGGACAAGCGAGAGCUCCCGCCUCGGACCAGCCGCCCCCUCUCCAAGCAGAUCCUCCGCUGUUCGUUUGAGGGAUGCUGCAGGACUUUCACCUGGCCGGCUCAUCUCAAAUACCACCUCAAAACACACAGGAACGACCGAAUGUUCAGGUGUGGCGCGGAGGGCUGCGGGAAGAGCUUCUACGUGCUGCAGAGGCUGCAAGUUCACAUGAGGACCCACAACGGCGAGAAGCCCUUCAUCUGCAAGGAGAAGAACUGCGGCAAGAAGUUCACCACUGCUGGGAACCUAAAGAACCACAGACGCACACACACAGGUGGGGAGCGGGAGACACAUACAUAUAAAAGCACCAACAUGCUGAAAGCAAUAACUGAGUCAGACCAUUAGACUGCGCUCAUUUAAUGCUUGGAAGGUGCAGUCAAGGUGGAGAUGUGAAGAGUCAGCAGCACUGGCGCCUCCGAUUCACUGCUGCAUUUGAGUAUCAGUCCUCUGUCAUGUUUUAUUUAAGGUGACAUUAAUAUUUCUGAUAGACAGUCUGCGUCUUCUUUCUAGGGACUCUUCAGCAGAUCAACUAAAUAGUGUUUAUAUCUACCCACAAGUCUGGAAG